GAGUAACAAGAAGGGAGAAAUUCGGUUCGCGUUGUGGGAAAAAAGUCCGUUUCGGAACACGGCACACAAGGGGGCCAGGUACUGGAAAGUUGCAUUUUUUUUUAUUUGCUUUUUGUGUCCGGCUGGCCGUUGGAAACUCUUUUCUUUUUUUAUCGCCUAAUUUAUUUUCUCCCUUUGUUGGAGAAGGCUGCAUCAGAUCAGAAAAAAACUUCCCUUGCCAAGGGGCAGCCACAAAGUGCGGGGGAACCAUUGGCAUCCAUCCUCGAAUUUUGCUCUACGUCCCAAAUGGAAAAAAUAGCCCCAAGAUCGCUGGUCAGCGGUGAGGAGGAGGCACAGCUGAGCUGGCCGGCGACGAAUGAGGCCGCAUCCGGGCCGGGAGUUGUUUUCGAGCGCGGCUUGGCCGUCGUCAUUGUUGUCUGCCGUCAGCCAACCGGCGUCAUGGCAUACCCUGAAAAGGUGGGUUCGGGCCAACCGCUUAUUGUCAAGGAUGGAAGUUUAGAACAGUUUCAAAAUCCGGGGAAGUUGAUCGCGUGUGCACAUGAGUGA